AUGGAUACCUUACAGACUUCAUCUUGUGAAAAUAAUCUAAAGCAAGUUCUGAAAUCAAAAGACUGUAAACCAACACAUUUUAGAAGUGACUCUCACUCUGCCAGAAUACUGGAAAGUUUACAAUCUCUACUCAAAAAUGAAGUUUUAUGUGACAUUAGACUUGAAGCAGAUGAUGCAUAUAUUAAACAACAUUUUUUAGAAGUAGUUAAAGGCGAAGAUUUUUUAUUCUUAUCUUCUAAAGACUUGAUAUGGCUUAUUUCAUCUAAUGACCUUGCCGUUCCGUUUGAAGAAAAAGUAUUUGAAUGUGUUAUCAAAUGGGUAAAACAUGAUUUGGAUUGCAGAAAAGAUUGCUUGCCAAAAUUAAUGGAACAUGUACGUUUGCCAUUAUUAAAGCCUGAUACAUUAUUUAAUAUAUCUGAAGAACCUCUUCUAAAAAAUAGUCCUAAAUGUAAAGAUUUUGUGUAUGAUGCAUUACAAUUUAAUCUACAAAAAUCAGUUCAGCAUUUCGCUAUUCCAAAAACAAUUAGGUGUAAACCUAGACAGUUCGGUGGCCCUCAAAAAGUUAUUCUAAUGUUCAGUCUGCGAUCUGACACAUCGCCAAACUGUUAUACAGAAUGGUACGACCCUGCAAUGAAACGACGAAGGAAUGCACCAGGGUUAAAUGAAUGUCGUAAGUUUGCUGGUCUUUGUGUUAUAAGAGAUCAAUUUGUGUUUGCUGUGGGAGGUGUAAAUGAAUUGAGUUCUAAAUCUGUUAGAAUGCUUGAUGUGUCUUUACAAUCACCUUCCUGGGUCCCAAUGGUCGACAUGUUAGUUAGUCGGAUAAGGCAAGGUGUUGGUGUAUUGGACAAUUGUAUUUAUGCAGUUGGUGGAGGAGAUGAAUACAAUGCAUUAAACAGUGUUGAGUUCGCCAGAAUCGCUACUCCAACACCUUCACCGUUGCCGCGAGCAAAGCCAGUCAAGCGACGAGAUAUGUCAGUAAAAGAAAUGGAUACCAUUCAGGCUUCAUAUGGUGAAAAUAAUCUAAAGCAAGUUAUGAUUUCAAAUGAUUGUAAACCAACAAAUUUUAGAAAUAACUAUCACUCUGUUAGAUUACUAGAAGACUUACAAUCCCAACGCAAAAAAGAAGUUUUAUGUGAUGUUAGAUUUGAAACAGAUGAUGGCAAAGAUCAGAUAAUUGAAGCAUUACGUUUUAAUCUACAAAAAUCGGUUCAGCAUUUAGCCAUUUCAAAAACGGUUAUGUGUAAACCUAGACAGUUUAAUAGUUCUCAAAAAAUUAUUCUAAUGUUCAAUCGGUCUGAAACAUCUCCAAUGUGUUACACAGAAUGGUAUGACCCAGCAACCAAGCUAAGAGAGAAUGCACCUGGGUUAAAUGAUUGUCGUCAAUUUGCUGGUCUUGGCGUAAUAAGAGAUCAGUUAGUUUUUGCUGUAGGAGGUGUAAAUCAAUCAAGUUCUGUAUCUGUUAGUAUGCUUGAUGUAUCUUCACAAUCACCUUCUUGGUUGCCUAUGGUCGACAUGUUAAUUGGUCGAAGACGUUUAGGAGUUGGCGUGUUAGAUAAUUGUCUGUAUGCAAUUGGCGGUUAUGACGGCACCAAAGCAUUAAGUAGUGUCGAGGUAUUUGAUGUCAAUAUUCAAAAAUGGCGAAUGGUAUCUAAUAUGUGGAUUAAGAGAAGUGAUUUUGGUGUUGGUGUACUCAAUAAUCGCUUAUACGCGGUUGGAGGUGGUAAUAAAGUAGUUUUGAAAUCUGUUGAAUAUUAUGAUCCCAGUCUUAACAAAUGGACACUAGUUUCAGAAAUGUCUGAAGAUCGUCAAGGUGUCAGUGUAGUAGUUUUGAACGGUCUUAUGUAUGCUAUCGGUGGUUAUAAUGGAAUAGAGGAUCUUAAAAGUGUUGAGGUUUAUAGACCAAGUGAUGGAGUUUGGUAUUCUAUAGCUGACAUGCAUUUAUCACGUUAUUGUCCUGGAGUAGUGGCAUUAAAUGGUUUAUUGUAUGUUAUGGGCGGAAAUCCUGAUGAUUCUGCUUUCAGAAAUUAUUCAAAAUUAAACAUUGGUCAAAGAGUAAAAAGAAAGUAUUUGUAUUUUAAGCUGUAG